AGCAAGACAGUCUCAGUUCACCAGGGAGCUCCUACGUUGAAUGCAGCAGAGAAAACGGAAGAUCACGUUGAGCCCAUUCUCCCUAAAACUGCCGCAGAAGCCGCCCACAGUUCUAUCCUUGAGGAAUCUUCCGCUGAUGCUCAAGCAGUCGAUAAAGAUCGUGAAGUCCCAGAACAGCAAGCCAUGGCGCAACAUGCAGCUGAAGAGACCUUAACUAAAAAGUCAAUAAAUGACCUGCCAACAGUCAUUUGCAACGCACUGACAGAUGUGCAAGCCAGUAUGAAAGCUCUCAGUGAUCGGUUACAGCAGAUAACAGCAUCAGGGACUCCAGUGGCAAACCAUGAUGUCCAGCAAAUAAAGGCAGUUUUUAAUUUCUUCCUUGCAACCGCAUGCGUUCGCACUCUAUAUGCCGACAAUUUGUCGAGUCUGGUAACCAGUACGCUUAGUGACGGACUGAAAAAGCUUCUAGAUUUGCGGGUUUACUACGACCUGAUGAAAAUACAGCAUGAACACGAGUGGAAGGAAGGUGGCCAUUCCGAUGUGGAUGCUCUGUUUACUGACCUUUACUUGGUACCCACCGAGGCAAGCAGAGCUCUGGCUGAUUCUAAAGCCUUCCUGGAUUCAAACAGGGUGCUCCAAGAAGGUCAGGGGAUACCGCUGUCGAGAAUAGCAGAGUCCGGGGAAGACCACGAUGAGGCCGCUGUGCCUAAGCCUGUCGCAGAAGUCACCCAGAGUGCUACAUCUGAUGACUUAUCCGCUGAUGCCCAAGUAGCAGAUAAGAGUAAAACAGUCUCAGCAGGUCAGACAACUCCUACAUUGUCAACAGCGCAGGGUCUUGCUGAUGAGGGAGGUGGAGUGUCCACGAAGGAUCACGUUGUGUCCCCUUUGUCCAAACCUGUCACAGAAGUCACCCACAGUGCUCUUGUGGAGCAAUCUUCCGCUGAUGCCCAAGCAACCGAUAAGGAGCUGGUCCAUUCCAUCUGCGAGGACCGACAGCAGCUCUCUGAUUUGGCCAAUAAAUUGAAGGAUGCAAUUUCGGCUGUGAACUCUCCGGGCUACGUGGACCCCAUGGUGACCGAAAUAAUGAACACCGCAACCGAGACAGAAGAAACCCUCAGGCGAUUUGAUCAGCUGAGCCAGAAGGUUAAUCCCUAG